CCUAGGACACCAUUCCCUAUUGAUAUAGCAGCUUUCUUUUCAAUAACGGUAGUUAAAUUGGAAACUGCAACCACCCCACCCCCCUGAGUACAAAAUCUUCCCCCUGACUGGGGUCCAGCAGCCCAAGUACUAUUACCAUGCCAAAUUUGGUGCUUUUACCCCAGAGUGCACAAUUUUUUCACCAUAUGGCUUGACUAUAGGAAAACAAGGGAAUCUAAUACUGACCCUUUCACUCAAGAGUUAGAACAAUAAAAUUUAUUAUUCAAAGUACGUAAGUACAUUUAGUACUAUAUAAAAGAACUUCUAAAGCAGUGUUAUUUGAAUGGUCACACUGUAAGAUUCCACCACAGACUCAAGAGUUAGCACAACACUUUAUACGACUAAAAUAGCCCUGAGAUUGUUUGGGUAAACAUUGCUAAAGAUUAUAAUUAUUAAUUUUGUUCCACAAUACAGUGCAAAUCAAGUCUUAAAUGAGUCACAAAGUACCUGGGUGAAAGAAAUGACAUCUCAAGUGUAUGAGGUAAACAAAUAGUUACUUUUCCUUUCCUAAGAAAUCUCUAGAAAAUUCCAGAUUGUUAGGUUAUUUCUGUGGAAUGAAAGAUUUCCCCACUUUACCGGUACUUUACACUAUCUCAGGUGGUCUGGCAAUUUUAAAUCCUUCGCAUUCAAUAAUUAUACAUGUACUAAGGGCUCAAUAUAGAGCAUUCUGCAGUCGCUGUCUCUUAACUGACAUCUCUGUAAGAUGGACACCUCUUUAAAACGGACAACCAGAGUUGGUCCCUGCAUUUUAGAUAUUUUGAGCAACAAAAAUUGGCCAUCUGCCCUCUUUGAAUGUCAUGACUCCUUUUACAUGUACAGUGCAGUUGACUAGUAACUAAGAUGGACAUCACACUUAGACAGGUACUUAGUGCCGGUCCUAAAGGUGUCCUUCCUAGAGAGAGUUAAUCGGUGUAUGUAUUACUGCAUCAGUCAGAGCUGGAAAUAACAGUUGGUCAUCAAACUUUGUCUGACUAAAAACUUGCCUUUGUCUGAAGAAAUUUCGUUUGUGAUUGAACAUAAUGACCUGAUGGACCAGAUAUGAAAGACUGCAAUUUCAAAGCAUUAGUAAGAUUCCAAUGUGCUAAAAGAGAUUAAAAGUCAACAAAGUGUAGUAUGUCAGACAACCUAACCUGGUUGUCAGACUACUAUGGUGACCUGUUUGGACAAACGUUAAUACACUUUCUAAAGGGAGGCCUUAUUUGUAGCCCUGCUGAAUAUUUACACAUAGAACACUCAAAGGAUACAUUUUGUACGUGAGACAGAUCUAUACAUUGUGUUUGUUUAUUGGUGGUUAUAGAAUUUCAUUCAUUUUUCAUUCUAUUUUUAUUUUGCAGUUACUAAGAGAAACACCACCAGAUGGUGAAAAAUUUGCAAAAGCUGUGGAGGUGACUACAUUGUUUAGCAAAUGAAGUAAAUUAUUUUACAGCACACAAGUCUGAACUUCAAACUUCUUUCAUGUCGAAAUAAUUUCUCCUAAUGAUUUUUUGCUUUGGUUUGCUCAGCAUAUUUUGGAAAGAGAAGAGAACUGGAUAUCAUGGAAGAAUGAAGGUUGUCCAACUUUCAUUAAGGAAAGGUACAAAAUUAAACUUGUAUGGAAAUUCUGUACAUCUUUUGUCGAAUAAAAGUCAGACAGGUCUUUCGUUAACUGUCUGAGUUCGAGAGUUUGUAUUUUUUUCACAACCAUACUGCAGAGAUUUUUCUAUAAAUUCUCCGAUUUUACUUCCCCCACAAAAACCUAAAUUUCUAAAUCACAAUUCAGCUGGGGCUAUUUUAGAGUAUGAAAUUCUAAGUGGAUGCUUUACACUGAUAAAUCACUUUAUGUAUUAUUUAUUUACUUGAGCAUAUUUGUUAUUUCUUAGAACUGAGGAGGAUGACAAACCUAAACCUACAAGGUGAGUUGUGUUGUUUUGUUCAACAUUGCAUUUUUCUUUUCGAAGCAGCUUGCAAGUACCGUAUUUAUUCAAUUAACCGCCCUAGGCGCCUCUUAAAUUUUUGGACCUUGAGAGUGGGCGCUUAUUCGAGGCUGGGCACUUAUUAUAUUUCACCAUUUUCAGCAAGUGGAGUAUGCUUAUUUUGCAACAAAACAGUACAUGCUAAUAACAAAACGCGAAGAAGUAACAAAGUAAGGUUUCUGUAAAAUGCUCUGAAGAAAACUCCGUCCUUUGGGAAGUCUCUUAUUAGUACUUAUUCAAUUUCAAUUUCAAUCUCAUUGUCACUUAAGUGGGUUGGGUGGGGGUGGGUGCUUAUUUGAGUUUGAUUGGGAGGAGUUGGGGGUGGAGGUGGGCGCUUAUUCGAGGCUGGGCGCUUAUUAACUUUUUCUGCCUUUAGGAUGGGUGCUUAUUUGAGGUGGGCGCUAAUUCGAAGUUGGGUGCUUAUUCGAAUAAUUACGAUACUUCGUCUUUUGGGCUGCUUAACUGUCAUCUUACUGUAGGUAUUGAUUUGUGGAGCAUUCAAUUAAGUGUUCUGGCAUUAAUGUGGAAUAAAAUUAAGUUUUCAUGAGGCUAAGUGCUCUAGCUGUAAGAGAGAAAAAGGGUGAAACAUGUUCUCUUCAUUGAAAACAAAGUGAUCACCUUUUUUCUCGUUUAAACAGCAUCCAUCAUUGUCAUAAAAAAUCAAAAUAAUACUUAAAAUCAGCAGCGGGAAAUCAAUAAGCUUCUGAAUGGUUUGAUCUUGCAGGAAGCGUAAAGCUAGCAUUGGAGAUGAAAUGGCCUCUGGGUGGAAAACUAGUAAAGUGCUCAUGGGAAGGUAAUGCUUUUAAGUCCUAAUUAAGAGUCAUGUGAUGGCACCUGUCUAAAAUGCAUCUUCUAUUUUGGUAUAUGUGACGUGGCAGUUACAUUUGUUUCAUUGUACACUGUAGUUCCAUAAUUCUUAUAAACCGUUACAGCUUAAGUUGAGACAAAAGACAAUAUUUUUACGACGCAGUUGUGCCUUUCGUAAACGGUCUCGGCCAUUUUUGAGACACUUAAAAAAAUUUUUGACCUGUUAUUGUUGCUAUUAAAUAAAGUUAUUAUUAUUGAGAGUACUGUAUACUCAUCAUGGCGGUAUACUGAGUAACGCAAAAACCCCUCCGUUAAAUCGCCCCUGUAAUCACAACCCAGGGUCGAACCCAGUGCAGUGACUUUCUAAACUUAAAGACUUUUAAGAAUAGUAUAACUAACUUGUACAAGAUGAAUUAGCAAAUGUCUUUGACCCCAAUAAACCAUGUUCAUGGAUCUUGCACAUUGUGGGUGCCACUAGCAACAAUAGUUUAAUAAGCAUUUCUUAAGAUUUUUACUGACUUAGUUGGAAGGUGCCCUGCAUGGGACUCGAGAUUCCGUUUGCACCUUACCUUUUGGUCUUUUUUUUCUUUUUGUCGUUACUGUAACUAUUUAUUUAGAGUGACUCAGAGCAAUAAAGUUGAUAAAACAAAACAAAACAAACAAAUCCGGACCGUACCAAUACACUACCAAACUGACCCGCCAAAAUUCGGAAAAAUUUAUUAAAUUACAUAAACUAGCAAACUGUAUUUCCUAACUGUUACAUCAAUAACAGGUGAGCCCAUCCCUUUUCAUAACUUUUAACGUAAUUUCAACUUGGGCUUCCACGUGGUUCUUUCUAAAAACGUCUUAUUUGCCUUAUUAGGCUGAUUUAGCAACAGAACGGGAACGUCAGUUGACGACGGCGCGUGCAAAUUAAACAACUGGUUUGACCAAUGGCAGAGCGCAAAUAGGGCGCCAGAAGUCGUGUUUAGUUCUGUCCGCGCGGUUUCCCGUCGUCAACUGACGUUCCCGUCCUGUUGCUAAAUCAGCCUAUUGUAAUUUAAUCCAGGGAAUAGACUACAUCUAUCAUGACUAAUGGCUUGGUUACUAAUGGUGGCAUCGACCGUUAAAAUAACAACGACCAUUUACGAAAGGGAAAUCGGCUUCUCCGACACCACCACUGGUUUCCCCGCGAAAUGACGUCCCAAGAACGAGCAUUGAAAUCCGAUACUGAUGACUCGUUACUACCGAGAUCUGGGUAGUGCUUCUGAUUGGAUAAGGCAAUUUUUUUACCCAAUCGGAAGCUCUUUGUCAUUUUGCGGGAAAAACUGUUGUAGGGUCGGGGAAAUGUCGGCUGGCCACAGCUGACCUCUCUAGCUUAAUGUCGCAGAUUAUGGUAUUGAUCAGCCAAUAAAAGAAUUGUAACUAAUAAAUUGUAUUGUUAUGAGUUAACCCGAUAAAGGUGUGUUUGAACUCUAUGUGAUGUGGUGCACACUAUUCUAAUGUCAGAUAUCUGUCUGUUUCCUUUCACGUAGUAAUGAGUUGACCCGUUUGUGGAACCUCAAUCCAGACAAUUUGGAGGCCUGCAAAGCUGAAAACAGGUUAGAUAUAGUGAAACUCUCUUUCGGACACCAAAGGGACAAAACCAAGUGUCCGCAUUGCAGGGGUGCGAUUGCAUGAAGCUCGGCAACUUUGGGAUCAAACAAAUAGAAAGGUGUACGCAUUAUGGGGGAAGAGGUUCGAUUUAACACGCAGAAGCAGAAAUUUGAAAGAUCAUCACCGUUAUAUGCUCGUAUUUUAAAUUUUACAAAUGUUUGUUACACUUUUCUUUCGAAAACGUUGAUGUCACAGACUCACUUGUCUAGUUUUCUUCCAUAAUUAAAUAAAUCUUAGCCAGCGACUACAGCCCUCUCCCCUAGCGGCGAGGAACAAGGAGAGGUGGCUGUACCCUGCUGGCAGUUGUUUCUUUCUGGCAUCAGGCUUUCAGCUUUUACUAACGAAGUCGUUCGCGUGGCUUGUAGUCGUGUAGAUGCUUUGUUUUCGCCCCUUCAGAAAAAAAAACACGCCACAAUAAAGCCAUGCCAGAAAGGAACCUUUCUUCGCGGGGUGAGACGGCUGUAUUGGGAGGGUAAAUAAAUCGCCAUGUCACUACAUGGGUCUUACAGGCAAACCAUGAUAGAUUGGUGGGAAACCUUCAUUUAAACGGACACCCUCAGGGUCUGAGUGGUCACAGGCAUCUGUAUGUCCUACACUUCCCUCUUAAGCCUUUGUUUAGCGCGCACAACAGCAAGGGUUCCCUGAUUCUCUGCCAAAUGCCGGUUUUCCUUACAGAUUCAAAAGGUUUCAAACAUACCCUAGUCUCCUUCACAGUAGAUUUCCAUGCGGGCGUUUUUAGGGGAGUCAUUAGCACAUACGAUUCCUCUAAAACGCCUGGGUGAUAGUCUACCUUCGCAGCCGCUCGAGCCGGAAUCACGCAAAGCUCUCCACCCCAACGUGGGGAGAAUUGCGUGACUCCAGUGCGAGUGGCUGCGAAGGAGACGUGACGUGGGAUUGUUAUCAAAUAAAGUGGUGGAUAAGAUUAGUGAUCUGUGUAUGUUACUGGUUGCAGAGUAUUUCUUCCCACACUUGAAGAGUACUUUUCUGAGGCCAUCGAACAAGCUGAUCCAGAAGCUAUGGUAGAAGAUGAAUACAAGUAAGAAUGUUGUUCGGUGUCAAACUCUUUCACUAGAGCUCUGGUUUUUGUCCAAUUGGUUGUAAUACUUAUUCAUGACACCUUGUAUUCUUGGCUCUUAACGUAUAACGAAGCCCUAUAUAACCAAUACCUCAGUAUAACCGGAAAAAUACAUUCUUUGCUCCAAUUAUGAUAAAAUAGAGGCGGUAGGACCACCAAUCCAUUGAAACCCUGUUGUAACAAACUCUGUAUAACAAACACAGCGGUAUAACGGUUGACACUCUUUGUCCCAGUGAUAGUAAAAAUUAUGGGAUAGGACCCUCAUAUAAAAUACAUGUACCAUCGAUACAGUUAAACCUUGAUGUAACAAACCCCUGUAUAAUGGACACACUGGUGCAACAAAUGACAUUCCUUGUCCCAGUCAUAAGAAAAUAUACGGGGUAAGACCCCGAUUUAAAGUACCCCCGAUAAGCUCUGAUAUAACAAACCACCUUCUAACGAACGCAUCGUCGUAGCGAAAAACACCACUUCUUGACCCAGGUGUAAUGAAGUUUUUAUGUAAGUGGACCUUCAUUUAACUGUCCCCCGGUACAGUUAAACCUUAAUGUAACAAACCCCUGUACAACACUCACCGAUAUAACGAAUGGCAUUCCUUGUCCCGGCUUAAAUGUAUAGGGUAGGACCCCGAUUUAAAAUACCCCCGAUUCGGUUAUAACUAACCUCUUUCAAACGAGCACAUCAAUGUAACGAGUGAUACUUCUUGUCCCAUUAGUUGUAAAAUUUAUGGAAGUGGGCCCUCUUAUAAAGACGUCCCAAUGUAACAAACCCCUAUAUAAAAAAACCAAAGUGCCAUAUAAUGGCCUUCGUUGUGCUUGAAAUAAUGUAAUUUCUGACGAUUGAGAGACAUGGGAAUUAGUCAGAAAUUAAUACUCUGACGGCACGGUAUAGAGGCGCGCUGGUGUUCCUGGGAUAGUAUCGAGCCAUUUAUGGUUUUGACGCGAGACUUACGCCAUUCUACGUCAGCUCAGUCCUUCCGAUAGUUUUCGUUUUGUUUUGCAAGUUUUCCUUUUCUCUAUUUUAUUUUGUUACGUCUUCAGAUCUGUAUGUUUUGGAAUAAGGUUUCUUAUUUCGGUAUUUAGUUUAUGAAUUUAGGUAUUUAGACCCGCACCCUUUUCCAUUAGUAUAAUUUUGGAGUAGUUUAUGUAACAUUGUAAUGUAUUUUCCUUGAUCCCUUUCCCCGAGGUUUUACGUGCCACUGCAUUAGUAGGGGAAUACGUUUCCACACAUUUUUUGGCCACUUCUCAACGGUGGUUUUUAAGUGGUUUUUCGUAUCUAGCAUGGUACAAGUUCUAGCUUAGAACAUAUAUUAGUAUUUUGCUAGAAGGAUAUUGAUUUAACAUCUGCAUCAGAUGACUGACUGACGCAUCCUAAAUAAAGGUUUUCUCAUUGAAUAUCUCGUGUUAGUAAAGUCGGAAUGUAAAAUGUGUAAGACAGGACCCCCAUGUUAAAGUGCCCCAAUACAGCCCUAGAGACACCAGGAUCAGACAACAACAUACAACUUAUUCUUGGUCUAAAGAAGUAAUCUGAUUCCUUUGUUCCCCUGUAAUCUGAUUUUCAGUUAAUUUGUUUAAUAUUUUUUUCUUUAAAAUCUUUUACAGGGUUGUAAAGAAAAGUAAUUAUGGAUGGAGGGGUAUGUUAAUUAUUCUUACAGUUAAAUUUUUCUUAACUGUAGUUAAACUUUAAACUUAUUUCACGUACGACGUUUUUACUUGUUACGAAUUUAUAUGACUCCUCCUUAUUACCAACAGUCCAUCUGGUACCAAAGAUACCAAACUUUAAACAACCGCAUACAAUCGUUAGUUGUAUAAUAUGAGACCUCCCUACUGCGGACAGUUCACUCGGUCCUAAAGAUACCCUACCUGAUACAAUCGUUACCUGUAUAAUAUGACACCUCUUUAUUAUGGAGAGUUCACUUGGUGACUCUGUGUUACUCUGUGCUACCCCGUGUUCCCUUCUGUUACCCUAUGUUCCCCUGUGUUACCCUGUGUACCUCCUUAAAUCAUCCUGCCAUCCAUCCCACACUAAAAAGUCGAUCCCUUACACCAUGGCAUUGCGACAAAGAUGAAUUUGCUCAACAGAUGAUUUCUUUAACAAACGUCUCAACGCAGUCACCACACAUCUCAUAAACACAGCAUGUAAACACCGUUUUAUCCAGCAAGAAAUAAACAAAGUACGCCUUAUUCCACGCAGCCACGCCUUCACAAGACAGGAAUCUGACAGAGUACCAUUUUUAGUAACAUUCAAUCCAGCUCUUCCUAACAUUAACCAUAUUAUUUGUGGAAAUCUUAACAUUCUUAAUUCUUCACAACGAUGCAAAGAAGACUUCCUUCUCCUCCUCUUAUAUCCUACCGCCGUUGCAAUAACUUGCACGAAAACCUUGUCAGAGCCAAACACGGCAGACCACCCCCCAAAACACCUGGAGAUUUCCGCUGUAAUAGAAGUAGGUGUAAGACUUGUCCAUUUAUUACAGAAGGAACCACGCCUUACACUUACUUCUCUACCAACGAACAACGACACCACAACUCCUGUUCAUCUUCCAAUUUCAUUUACAUGAUCCAGUGCAAUAAAUGUAACAUGCAAUACAUCGGCGAAACUAAACGCCAGCUCAGUGACAGAUUUGCAGAGCACCGACGCUCAAUAGAAAAAGCCAGUAACCCACAUCGCUUUUAUCAUCCUACUGCCGUUUCAGACCACUUCUCCCUUUCAGAUCGUUCCAUCAAGGACAUAGAACUCAUUCCAUUAGAACUAAUUAAUUCAAACAGGAGAGACGGUAUCCGUACGGCCCGCGAGGGAUGUUUAAUAUCUAAAGGCAAAACACUUGAACCCUAUGGGAUGAACAGAAGACAUCAAAUUUAAUCCAUUGACAUAUGUUGUGUAACCUCUUUAUACAAGUUUUUGUCUAUUCUGUUCCCUAACCAAUCACAUGUUAUUUUUUUAUAUUUGUAGUAUUUGAUAUACUGUACCCAUUUACUCUAUUCUCACUUAGCUUUUCAAGCCCCCGAUUAAGCCUAAUUUUGUGUAGUCCAAAUAUUGGGAAAAUAAAUUUGUAAACCUUAGCUCUACGAUCAGCCUUGCCUUUAAUUUUAAAUGCCCUGUGUUACUCUUUGUUACCCUGUGUUACUCUGUGUUACCCUGUGUUCCCCUGUUUUACCUUGUGUUAGCGUUUGUUACCCUGUGUUCCCCUUUGUUACCCUGUGUUGCUCUCUGUUACCCUAUGUUACCCUUUGCUACCCUCUGUUAUCCUUUGUUACCCUUUGUUAACCUGUGUUACCCUAUGUUACCCUUGUUACCCUGUGUUACUUUUUGUUACCCUAUGUUACCCUUUGUUACCCUGUGUUACCCUAUGUUACCCUUGUUACCCUGUGUUACUUUUUGUUACCCUAUGUUACCCUUUGUUACCCUGUCUUACUCUAUGUUACCCUGUGUUACCCUUGUUACCCUGUAUUACCUUGUGUUACCCUGUGUUACCCUUGUUACCCUGUCUUAUCCUUUGUUACCCAGUGUUACCCUGUUUUACCCUUUCUCACCCUGUGUUACCCUCUGUUAUCCUGUGUUGCCUUUUGUUACCCUCUGUUACCCUGUGUUAAACUUUGAUACCCUGUGUUACCCUCUGUUAUCCUGUGUUACCCUGUGUUCCCCUUUGUUACCCUGUGUUUACCUGUGUUACACUUUGUUACCCUGUGUUACCUCGUUUUACCCUUUGUUACCCUGUGUUACCCUGUGUUACCCUGCGUUGCCCUGUGUUCCCCUUUGUUCCCCUAUGUUUUUCCGUCUUCCCCUAUGUUACCCUGUGUUCCCCGAUGUUACCCUUUGUUGCCUUGUGGACUCUGUGUUACCCUUUGUUAACCUGUGUUGUUCUUCGUUACCCUAUGUUACCCUGUGUUACUCCCGUUUUACCCUUAUUUACCCUGUGUUAGCCUUUGUUACGCUGUGUUACCCUCUGUUACCCCUUCUUACCCCUCAUUGCCCUGUGUUACCCUGUGUUACCCUGUGUUACCCUUGUUACCCUAUGUUACUCUUUGUUACCCUUUGUUACCCUGCGUUACCCGGUGUUACCCUUUAUUACCCUUUGUUAGCCGUUAGACGUUAUAUUACCUUUUGUUACCCUUUGUUACCCUGUGUUCCCCUUGUUACCCCGUGUUACCCUUCUUAGCCUGUGUUACCCUUUGUUACCCUUGUCACCCUAAGUUACCCUUGUUACCCUGUGUUACCCUUUUUUACCCUUCGUUACCCUCUGUUACCCUGUGUCACCCUAUGUUGCCCUUUUUUCCUCUGUGUUACCCUGUGUUAACCCGUGUUGCACUUUGUUACCCUGUGUUCCCCUCCGUUACCCUGUGUUCCCCUUUGUCACCCUGUGUUACCCUUUGUCACCCUGUGUUACCCUUUGUUACUCUUUGUUACCCAGUGUUACCCUUUGUUACCCUGUGUUACCUUUUGUUACCCUGUGUUACCUUGUGUUACUCUGUGUUACCCAUUUGUUACCCUGUGUUACUCUAUGUUACUCUGGUUUACCCUUUGUUACCCUUUUUUACACUGUGGUACCCUUUGUUAUCCUUUGUUACCCUGUGUUAUGCUGUGUUACCCUGUGUUGCCCUGUGUAACCCUUGUUAUUUUUUGUUACCCUGUGUUACCCUUGCUACCCUGUGUUACCCUGUGUUUCCCUUUUUACCCAUUUGUUACCCUGUGUUACUCUUUGUUACCCCCUGUUACCUCUGUUACCCUGUGUUACCCUUGUUACCCUGUGUUACCCUUUCUUUCCCUUUCUCACCCUUUCUUACCCUUCGUUACCCUCUAUUGCCCUGUGUUACUCUGUGUUUCCCUGUGUUACCCUUGUUACCCUGUGUUACCCUUUGUUAGCCUGUGUUACCCCAUGUUACUGUUUGUUAUGCUGUGUUAAUCUAGAUUACCCUGUGUUACCCUGUGUUACUCCGUGUUGCCCUUUUAUACCCUGUGUUAUCCUAUGUUACCCUGUGUUACCUUUUUUUACCGUGUGUGACCCAGUGUUACCCUGUGUUACCUUAUAUUACCUUUUGUUACCCUGUGUUACCCCUCUUAGCCUGUGUUACCCUUUGUUACCCUUGUUACCCUGUGUUACCCUGUGUUACCUUUUGUUACCCUUCGCUACCCUCCGUUACCCUGUGUUACUCUAUGUUGCCCAUUUUUACUCUGUGUUCCCCCUUGUUACCCCGUGUUCCACUUUGUUACCCUCUGUUCCCCUCCGUUACUCUGUGUUACCGUUUGUCACCCUCUGUUACCCUUUGUUACUCUUUGUUACCCUGUGUUACCCUGUGUUACCCUUUGUUACCCUGUGUUACCCUUUGUCACCCUGUGUUACCCUUUGUUACCCUGUGUUACCCUUUGCUAUUCUAUGUUACCCUUUGUUACCCUUUUUUACCCCAUGUUACCCUUUGGUACCCUUUGUUGCCCUGUGUUACCUUUUGUUACCCUUUGUUACCCUGUGUUAUGCUGUGUUAUCCUGUGUUGCCCUGUGUUACCCUCUGUUACCGUGUGUUACCCUUUGGUGCCCUGUGUUACUCUAUUUUACCCUGUUUUAUCCUGUGUAACCUUUUGUUACCCAGUGUUACCCUGUGCUACCCUAAGCUGCCCUGUGUUGCCCUGUGUUACGCUGUGUUACCGUUUGUUACCCUAUAUUACCCUUUGUUACCCUGUGUUACCCUGUGUUACCCUGCUUUACCCUGUGUUACCUUUUGUUACCCUUUGUUACCCUGUGUUGCCCUACGUUACCCUGUGUUACCCUUGUUACGCCGUGUUACACUUUGUUACCCUGUGUUACCCUGUUUUACCCUGUGGUACCUUUGUUACCCUGUGUUACCCUGUGUUACCGCGCGUUACCCAUUGUUACCCUAUGUUACCCUUUUCUUACCCUGUGUUACUCUUUGUUACCCCUGUUACCCUGUGUUACCCUUUGUCACCCUGUGUUACCCUAUGUUACCCGUUACUCUAUAUUACCCUGGGUACCCUUGUUACCCUGUGUUACCCUUUUAUACCCUGUGUUACCCUUUGCUACCGUUCGUGACCCUGUGUUCCCCUUUUUACCCUUCGUUACCUUUUGUUACCCUAUGUUACUCUUUGUUACCCUGUCUUAGUCUAUGUUACCGUGUGUUACCCUUGUUAUCCUGUGUUAUCUUGUACCCUUUUUUACCCUGUUACCCGGUGUUACCCUUUGUUACCCCGUGUUACCGUUUGUUACACUUUGUUACCCUGUGUUACCCGUUGUCAGCCCUAGUUACCCUGUGUUACCAUUUGUUUCCCUUUGUUACCCCGUGUUCCCCUAUGUUACCCUUUUUUACCUUGUGUUUUGCCUCUGUUACCCUGUGUCACCCUUUGUUGCACUGGUCUUAAAGAUACCCUACGUGAUGCAAUCUUUACAUGUAUAAUAUGACACUUUCCCAUUUAGGAGCGUGCGCCUGAUCCUAAAGAUUCUCUAGAUUAUACAAUGUUUACUUGUUUAAUUUGACACCUCCCUAGUAUAUUUGAUUAUAAAGUUACCCUAUAUGAUAAAAUCGUCACUUGUAUAGUAUGAUACCUUCCUACUGCGGACAUUUCACUGGGUCCUAAAGAUACUCCUCGAUACAAUCGAGACUUGACUGUUUAAUCUGUCAUUUUUCGUAUUAUAGAGAGUUCAUUUGAUCAGAAAGGUGCCCUACAUGAUACAAUCGUUACCUUUAUAAUAUGACACCUCUCUAUUAUGGAGAGUUCACUUAGUCUUACAGACAUCUUACGUGAUACAAUCGUUACAUUAGCCUGCGUAGCUUGGCGGUUUCGUCGAGCCGCGAAAUUUGCGCGCAGAGCGCGCGAGAAUAACACCUCCCUAUUUCGGACAGUUCUUUUCAUUUUAAACAUACCCUACAUGAUAUUAUAUUUACCUGUAUCAUAUGACACCUCUCUAUUUCGGACAGUUCUUUUUAUUUUAAAUAUACCCUACAUGAUAUUAUAUUUACCUGUAUAAUAUGACACCUCCCUAUUUCGUACAGUUCUUUUUAUUUUAAAUAUACCCUACAUGAUAUUAUAUUAACCUGUAUAAUAUGACAACUCUCUAUUUCGGACAGUUCUUUUUAUUUUAAAUAUACCCCACAUGAUAUUAUAUUUACCUGUAUAAUAUGACACCUCCCUAUUUCGGACAGUUCUUUUUAUUUUAAAUAUACCCAACGUGAUAUUAUCGUUACUUGUGUAAUAUGACACCUGGCUAUUACGGAGAGUUCACCUGGUCUUAAAGAUACCCUCCAUUAUACAUUCGUUCCCUAUAUAAUAUGACACCUUCCUAUUUCGGACAGUGCACUUGAUCCUAAAGAUGCCUACAUCAUACAAUCGUUACUUGUAGAAUAUGACACCUCCCUAUUACUUGGAGUUCAUUUCAUCAUAAAAAUACCCUGCGUGAUACAAUCGUUACUUGUAUAAUACAACACCUCCCCAUUGCGGACAGUUCACUUGGGCCUUAAGAUACCCUACAUGAUACAAUCCUUACCUGUAUGACAUGACACCUCCCUGUUACAAAUAGUUCACUUGGCCCUAAAGAUACUUUUUAUGAUACAAUGUUUACCUCUACAAUAUGAUACCUUCCUAUUACGAAGAGUUUACUUGAUCCUAAAGAGGCCCUACAUCAUACAAUCGUUACCUGUAUAAUAUGACACCUUUCAAUUGCGGAGAGUUCACUUGAUCCUUAAGACACCCUUCAUGAUACAACCGUUGCGAGAGUUCACUUGUUAUUUUCCUGUAUUCCGAUUGGUUAACUCUGUCAAAGUGGCCCCGGUUACAGUAGUUGCAUGGUAGUGGGACUCGAAAUGAAUAGGCCCAGCUGUCCAUGUUACAGAGUUUACUAUCUUUUGGACUGAGAGAACGUUUUGCGAUAGGAAGGUGUCCCUACGAUACAACAUACGCAAACUUUAUUUACAUGAAAAUCAACGUAUCACAAGUACCGAUUACCUUCAAAUAACGAAGCUAAUCAAGGCAGGUCGUGUGGAGUCGUAGACGUAUCUCUUAAACUUUUAAAAAUUACAAAGAUGUGUUAAAGGAGUAUUUUGUCUCCAACUCUUGACAGUAGUGAACUUACGCAACAGGACGGGAGAGGAAAGAAGACAGCAAACCUUGUGUGACAAGCGUGACAAUAAGUUUGUUUGAAACAACUUUUCGCGAAACUUCACUUUGCUUUAAACAGAUCUUUUUGUAAAGGACCAGAAAACAUUGGUGUUAAGAAAACAUCACCACACAACUUGUAAGCAAUAGCCCGGUCACGUUUGUCACACACAAGCGUUUUGCCGUCCUCUUUUCCUGCCGUCGUGUUGGGUAAACUCAAUAGUGACUACAUCUAGUAACUUCGUUGUCUAGUUGGUGUAUUUUAACCUGAUGUUAUCUCUUCACAGCACUCCGUCUUCUUGCACGGAGAAGCCAUCAUUUUUUCCAGCCCAGCACAAAUCCAUUCAAAACACUUCCGGAAUAUCUUGACAGCGUGGUGCAUCAGCUAGCUCAGGAGCUACCGGUGAGAAAACGUCUUCUGCUGUGUUCACACUAGUACCAAGAUCUUUUCUAAACGUGUUGAAAACGAACUUGUUUAAGUGAACGCUGAUCAUCACCCACCACCCUGCCUUCCUUCAAUGCAAUACGCCAGCAGUGACGGAUCCAGGGGAAGGCCCGGGGGUACCGGGGUCCCGGCCCCCCACUUAUUUUUAGACCAAACAAACAGGCCCAAAAAAUUUCUUUUGGAGACCCCCCCGCCAUUAUCUAAGGGUCUGGAUGACCGUCCCCCGCCCCUUAUCUCAAGCUCUCGAUCCAGCACUGGCCAGUAAUCACUGCUUCGUUUUUUCUCUACUUUCUAUUUCCAGACCCUAAAGAGUGAGGAAGGCAUCGUUGUAAAUGGUUAGUUUGGGAUUCCUAGCUUGGUUUGUAUCCAGUUGUAUACAAGGGUCGAUAAUUACCCUGAUGAAUAUAACUGGAUUGAAAUGUUCUUUCACUGAACACGCCAAGCACUGUGAGUCAGCGAUCACGCUGGACUGACUGAUAGCCAAUGAGCUCUUACCACAAGUGACGUAAAGCGGUUUUUUUGGUUCUGUGUCACUCUUUUGGGAAUUUUGUGCCUUUUGUAGUUAGUCUUUAUCGUUCCUAACAAGGUUAUGUAAAUAUUAUGGGAUGUUGUUGUGUAAGGGACUUGUGACGUCAUCUUACAAAUUUUCCUCGUUUGUUGAGUAUUUAUGCGUUAGAAAUGCGUCCCAGUGGAUGUAAGUUAUUAGGCCGUUUAUUACCCAUACUUUUUAGUUUGUGCGUGAGUUUGGAUCGGUAUGAUGACGAGUUACAUUGUUUUGGGUUGCGAGUUAUGAACCAUUUAAUUUUCCCGCACAUCCUCGAAAUGUCCGGUAGAAGAGGGCCAAAGGAAGGGGUAGCCGGCGGUACAAUAUCGAUUCAGCCUUACGUGAAACCUCAAAAUGUCCUAUAGAAAGUGGUCUGCUACACAGCCGUUUUUAGUGUCGCGAAUUUCUUCUGUUAAAUCCUUAAAGUAUUUUAGCUUCUGAUAGUUAUAUCAAUUUCAGUGUGUCUUAAUUGUCUUUAUUUUCUAAUUGUUCCUUUACAGGCUCGGCAGAUACAACUGCGCCAAUCACGUGACGGCUAAAUACAGCGCCGAUCUUAAGUCGCUGGAGAGGCAGUCGUCAUUAUAAUAAAUGUUUUUAUAUUUAUCUAUUAUCAUUUAAAAAAACUGGGGAGCCAUCCCUUCUGUCAUUCGUAACGUAAACAAUCCCAUUCAACAAUGUUAGGUUAGUAGAAGAAUACAUAGAAUUUUGAACAAUUCUCUUUGAGAUUUCAUAUUUUCCACAAGCAUAUUUUGGACUUAAUACAGACUUUGGCUCAGGUCUUUUUCGCGUCAAGUCAUUCAUAAUGUUUAUUGGGUGUAUUUGGCCACGUGCCUUCCAAAAUGAAGGCCUGGGUGGUAACAAAAAUUUAUCAUUAAGGGAAGGAUAGUAAGUUGCAAAAUUUCCACUUCUAAAGGGGGUGUAAAGUGAUUCUGGGAUGUUAACUAUUUGGAGAACGGUUUCCAAAUUAACCCACCGAAAGACACAUACAGAUGAACGAUUGUGCUGGGAUCCUCUAAUAAUCUAUCAGUUACUCAAUAACUUUCGCUGCUACAAUCGACUUUCUAAUUCGCGACAUCUUAGCACGAUCCGGACGCUCCCCUCCCCUCCCCCCCACCUAAAACAGAUGGAUGCAGAUCGUAGGUUAUUUCGAUUGCCAAAACAGCAAAGCUUGCUUCGAAUAUGCGAUUCAUCUAGCCGUUAAGGCCAAGUGCACCAUGAAAUCAAUAGAUAAGCAUGCAUGCAAUAUUUAAAAGACCUGUAUAAGUCCCAAAUCUUUUAUUAUUUCAACGUGUAAGGAAAUAGUCAUCCUUUCAAGAUCCUCUCAAGGGACGAUGAUUAAUCCUAUAUAAGAUAACUCAAAAUCCUACAUUCUCAGAGACGAGAAUAGAUUAAAUUAUCUUAUGCUAUCCUGGUCACUCUUGCCCCCGAAGUCGCAAUCCUUUUUGUCAGCGCCAUUGUUCGACCCGGAAGGUAUCUCAUAUAUAAUCUGUGGUGCUGGUCAAACGGAUCGGAGCUCUAGCGCAAGUGGUCAGCUCUACUGUGCUCCAGACAUCUGUUCCCAC